GAUUCGCAGGUCACAUCUCGGAUUCCUGAAGAUAUCCACACCAUCGUCGACCAUUAUGAUCUCGAUCCGACAUUACACAUUUCCAUUGCGUGCCCAAACUGUUACGCGCUCUCUCCUUUUACGAAUGAGGCAAUCAGCAACUCCGAAAAUGCUCUCAGAGCCAAUCAACCUCUACCUGUGUGUAACGAGAGAUCUCACCCAGACUUGUCACCGUGUGGUGCGACGUUAUGGCACACUCGCCGCAUUGGACCGCGUACUUUCGUCACUCCUAUCAGGAAACAGGCUUUCCAAGAUCUGCAAGAGUGGAUUGGGAGAAUUUUAGCUAUCCCGGGCCUCGAAGAUAUAAUUGAUCAACAUCAGCGACGCCCGCUACCAUCGUUGGAAUCUCCAGAAAGAGAUUUCGUUGAUUCAUCUACAUUUCGAUGCUUCAAGGGCGCAGAUGGGCAGCCGUACGCGACACCUCAGAUGGGUCCUUCGGGAUCACCAGACUUGCGACUUGUCAUGAGUCUUGGAUUCGAUGCUUUCAACCCCUUCUUCUUGAAAGAACAACACGCCUCCUUCAGCUCUACAGCGUUAUACAUGUACAUGUAUCUAGUAACAAUCAUUCCCGGAAAACCUUCCCGACAUGACAUCAAUCAUACCUUGCGCAGGCUAGUCCAACAGUUGCUCCCUUUUUGGGAAGGAGUGUAUUACCUGCGUACUGCACGAUAUACUCUUGGUCGAACAAUCUUCGCGGUGCUAAUCCCUGCUGUAUGUGAUACGGAGGGCGCUCAUCAACUUUCGGGAUUUGCUUCACACAGCCAUACAUACUUCUGUAGACGAUGUUUACUGCCAAUUCAAGAUAUUCAUAACCUCGAUCCGGAGCAAUGGGUAAUGAGGGAUUGGAAUAAGCAUCGACAGUUAGCUUUCGAAUGGAAGGAAGCCCCCAUGGCGCGACGUAAUACGAUCUACCAGGAGAACGGACUCCGGUGGUCAGAGCUAUUAGAUCUGCCAUAUUGGGAUCCCAUUCGGUUCACGGUCAUUGACGAUAUGCACCUUGGAUAUCUUGGCCUUUUUGAGACACAUCUUCGUGAAAUAUGGAAAAUCGAUGACAAGAAAAAUGGUGGCAAUGGACUUCACCCGGACACUAAGGACCAAAAGAAGAUAUCUAAUGCGAGUCUUCGAAAAUUUCUAAAUGAAAUCCGACAAAAUGAUCCGUCCUUGGGAUCUAUUCUGAGUGAAGAAAACAAGGGAGUCUCAUCGGUCGUUGAUCCUUCAGAAAUGCCACCGGUGUUAUGUCCCGCUCCACCACUCGUCUUCGAUGGAGAUCAGGCUUUCGAAAAUCUGAAGUCCAGAAUACUUAAUCUGACCACCAGGCCUCCCUCACUCCACAGCAGGACAAAAUCACCGAAAUCAGGAUCCAGUCCUCGCCAUGUCAUUGGUAAAGAUCUUCUGGCAGAAAUCUGGUCCGACAUGAAACGGACUGUUCUUCCGAACUGGAUUCAGCCGCCGCCCUCAGGAUGGGGCACAUCUGCUUCAGGCAAGCUCAGUGCUGAUGAAUAUAAAGUCAUCUGUUCGGUCUCACUAGUCAUCACUCUAAUUCGGGUUUGGGGUUAUGAAAAUGACGAGGGAGUCGAGUCAUGUCGUUUCAAGAUGUUAGAGAACUUCUUGGACCUUGUUCACUCUAUGCGUGUUCUGUUUUUUCGUGAAACAUCACAAAAGUCGCGCGCCUACUACAAAUCUCAUAUCCUCAAGUAUUUACGUGGCGUCCUUGAGCUAUAUCCUGAUUUUACCCUGAAGCCUAAUCACCAUCAUGCUGUUCACAUCGUUACCGAUCUGGAAACCAUGGGUCCGGGUCAUGCUCGCAGUACACCAGUGUUCGAGCGCAUCAAUCAUUCCUUACAACAACUCAAUACCAAUCGACGUCUAGGGGAAGUUGAAGCUACAAUGCUAACUUCUUAUUGCCGGCAAGCCAACCUCCAAGUCAUCUUAGAUCAUAACACGGAUUUACGAGAAGAAAUCGAUGAGGUAUUGACCGCCUUAACAGAUAUCGAUCGUGAAGACCAUCGUGGUAUA